AUGCGGGAGGUCAAGCUGGAGCUCAACGUCAUCAGCUACAACGCUGGGAUCAGCGCGUGCGCUAAGGGCCAUCAGUGGCAGCGGGCUCUGGCGCUGCUCAGCGAGAUGUGGGAGGCGGCAUUGGAGCCCAACGUCGUAAGCUUCAGCGCUGGGAUCAGCGCGUGCGAGAAGGGCGAGCAGUGGCAACGGGCCCUGGCGCUGCUAAGUGAGAUGUGGGAGGCGAAGUUGGAGCGCGGCGCUUUCUAUACUACCCUACAGCGCUGGGAUCAGCGCGUGCGAGAAGUGCGAGCAGUGGCAGUGGGCUUUGGCGCUGCUGGGCGAGAUGUGCAACUCUAA